UAUUAUUAUUUAUAUUGGCUGCCGCCAAUGAGCGUUGAAUAAGUCGAAGAAGUAGAGAUUUCCAUAAUAGGAGUGUUCGGGGUCCUAACCGAUUUCCUCGCCCGUGUGGGGUCGGUAUUAGCCCAGCAGCUAGCUGCCUGAUUACCUGCAAGCGGAUAUCCAAUGGACGUUCAGUGUAACUGUCGCUCUCGUCCAAGCUAGUUGCCUAUCUGCUUUGUCCUCUGAGGAUCGGCAAAUGGAGCGCCACUCGUACAGGCUGGGCCUGCUGCUGCUGCUUUUGGCCAUCAUUGUCCUGAGCGAUGCUCAGCAAGAUUGGACCGCGUGCGAUAUACCUGUUGGAAAGGGGAAAUGGAGACUUGCAAUGAAGCUGUUCACGAGAGCUAUGAAACACAGCCAAGCUCAGAGUUACUGCGAGAGCCAAGAUGGCAAUCUCUCCACCACCAGGGUCGGACACGAGCUGCAAUGCGCCAAGACAGUGCUUGCAAGGAAAGCCUGUGAAUGCGACGAGGCAGACCGGUGCACAACCGAAUGCCAAGGUGGGGCAUGCUCAUGUAGAGUCUGGGUCGGCCUCAAACGACUUGCAGUUCAGCGUACUAGCAGUUCUUUCCAGUCUCAAAAUUGGCGGUGGACAUCGCUACGUCCAUCCAUUAUCGUUCAGGAUCUGCGGUGGCGUCAUGGUGAACCCACAGACGACAACAGUCAGCUUUGUGGCUAUUUGUGGCCGGAGAAGCACGGUUUGGGCGAUUUUUUUUGCAAUGAAAAACUCAGCUUCCUCUGCCAGAAACUCAUCCCAAAUGCACCAACUCCUGUGACAGCUACGUCCAGUACUUUGCCCGCACGGUCCACGACUAAAACGCUGACGUCAACGCUACAGACGCUGGACACUACCAGUGUGUACCACGUGACAGAACCGACGGAAGAGGUCCAUGCAGAUCACGACAUACCAACAGAUCAGGCCAGUAAGCCACAUAGAGUGACGUCGGAGCAUGUCCUUCCAGCGUCAUCACGCACUAUGAGCCCAGAGCAGCAGAGGAUAACGGAGGCCGGCAACGGGGCCAUUGUCGCUAUGGGCGUCACGCUGGCAGUGUUCGGGCUGGCAAUGCUCGUUUUGAUUGUUGCCUGGCGUUCCAGAUCCGUUAGAUCGUCAAGGAGAUUUUUUCCAGAACUUCACUGGAGGUGGAAGAAGACGCGCAUCUGGAGUCAAGGUGGAAACCAGCAGCGCUGUGAAUCAGCCACGGAGCACCCUGUUCCCACAGGGGCCGCAGCGCGAGGGGCGGAACCGACCGGCGCAGCCAUCCGUGUGCAGCCGCGUGCCAUCCCGGUGACGUCGAACGGAGGAACGGGUGAUUACGAUAACCCCAUGCCCUGCGGUAGUCGGAGAGCUCCUCCUGGUUUGGAAGCAACUGUUAUUCCAGACAAUGAGUAUCUGGUGCCUGUGGAAGAUAGGCUGAAGCUACACCAGCCAAUUACAUUGGCGAAUCCAGCAGCAGCGCAUGCUGAAGCGGUGCUAGAUCAUCAGUACGAGAACCAUAAACCAGCUGUGCCAAAGCCGCUGCCAGCUGACAGGUACACUGCCACGCCAUCGUCCAUUCCCCAAAUUCAGCCCGAUUAUUCGGAGGUGAAGAUCUACCCGUCCAAGCCAGCACGUCAAGGUCGGAGAACUGAUGAAUCUGACCUGUAUGAUAAUGCCAAGCUGGAGGACUAUCGGAACUGAACAACCAGUCUCAAAUUCACGAAUCCUCACUGACGAUCAUCAUCACUUUCAAACCUCCCAAGCUUUCCCUCAAUCUACGAAUCGUCAUGAUUCCUUUAUGCUCACAGAUGUUUUUCUUAUUGUCCUCGAAUUCCACAGACCCUGUGUAGUUAGUGUCCAGGGGGUCGUCAAAUAAUUUUAUGUUUUUAACGACUCCCUGUUAGUGAUAAAACCAGUUGGGUUUUUCUCAAUAACAUCAUCUCCGCAAAGUGAUCACUUCCAGUUCUUGAUCUCGGCUAUGCUGUUGCAUGCUGCUUGCCAAUCUGUAUGGCCUAGGUUGAACAUCUCUGUGCAAUGAUUUAGUGAAACUCACCUACUACGCAAAACAAGGUUUAUUUUAAUGUAAUCGGAUAACACGCACUCUGACAAGAUGUCCAUAUGUUUUAGCACGGACAUUGCCCAUAACGCCAGUGUAAUAAGUAUUGCUCCAUAUUGCAGUGCAUUUCGCAGGGUAUUCAUAAGAAGUUCCUCCGAUACAGAAAGUACAGUUCUUGUUUAUUAGUAUUACUAUUCUUAUUUUUUUCUCAUUUUGUUAGGGAUUUCCCAACAGUGUUCUCCGUGGAGUUCGUUUUCAUCCAUGUACAGUUGUAUACAUUUCAACAGCUCGCCUUUUUUAUUUUUUUACAAAGACCACUUAAAUGCCAAACAUGAGAUAUCCUAACUGUAAAAAAGAGACAUCACUGUUGCAAGCCAUAGCUGCUGUAAAUGACAGAUUGCCCACUCA